CGUACACAUGUAUAUACACGCAUACACCUCUAUAUAUACACAUGCUUGUCUCCUCCAACCUCUCUAACCUAGUCUAUCCAAAGAAACCAAACCUUUCAAGAUUCAAGAAAAAACCAAAUGGGUUCAAAAGACACAGAGACCUCUCCAGACCUAAUCCUGAAAGGCCACGCAGAAAUCUUGCAGCACAUGUUCAGUUUUGCAGACUCCAUGGCUCUAAAAUCAGCUGUGGAGCUCCACAUUGCCGAUAUUAUACACUCUCACAACUCUCCAAUCACCUUAACCCAAAUCGCCUCCGCCAUUUCCUCCACUUCCCCAGAUAUUACCUACCUCGGCCGCAUCAUGAGAUUCCUGGUCCGUCGCAACAUCUUCACCGUCCAUCCUCCAUCAGACGGCGCUGGAGAAACCCGCUACGGCCUCUCCUACAAGUCCAGAUGGAUUCUACAUGGAACCCAGAAAACCCUAGUGCCAUUACUGCUAAUGGAGAAUCAUCCUCAGGCCAUGGCCCCAUGGCAUUGCUUUAGCCAGUGCGUGAAAGAAGGUGGGGUGGCGUUUGAGAAGGCUCAUGGGGUUGAGAUUUGGGAGUUUGCUUCGAGAAAUCCUGAGUUUAAUAAGCUCUUUAACGAUGGAAUGGCUUGUACGGCUGCGAUUCAUAUUGAGUCGAUCUUGCAGGGGUAUAAAGAUGGGUUCGGGAGCAUUGGAUCAUUGGUGGACGUCGGAGGAGGGACUGGAGAAAUGAUUGGUCAGAUUGUGAAAUCCCAUCCGCACAUCAAAGGGAUCAACUUUGAUCUGCCACAUGUGGUUUCUACAGCGCCUGUUCAUCAUGGAGUGUCACAUGUUGGAGGUGACAUGUUCCAAGCCAUUCCAAAUGCUGACGCCAUCAUCAUGAAGUGGGUUUUACACGACUGGGGCGAUGAAGAUUGUGUGAAAAUUUUGAAAAACUGUCGAAAAUCGGUACCACCCAAAACGGGAAAAGUGAUUAUUAUCGAUCUUGUUCUACGACCUGAUCGAGAUGACACACUGAACGAUUUAGGGUUUGCGUUUGAUUUGUUGAUGAUGGCUCAUAGCUCCGGUGGAAAGGAAAGGACUGAGCUUGAAUGGAAGCAAAUAUUAGAAGGAGGAGGCUUUCCCAAAUUCAAAGUCAUUACCUUACCAAGCACAAUGUCUAUCAUUGAGGCCUAUCAUGAUUAACAUAUAUAUAGAUAUAUAAAUUAUGAUUAUAUAUAUAUAUAUAUAUAUUGUGUGUGUGUGUUUUUUUUU